AAUAUGUACUAGCGCCCCCAUCGACACUUUCUCUGUUUGUAAUGGUCUGCUGGUUUUUUAGUUAGCAUGUUCUUCUGUAAUCGGUGUUUUGACAGUAUGGUAUCUGUCAAUCGUUGUUUGUCAGACAUAUGUUAACGUUUUAAUUAUAAGAUAUGGUGUCUUCUAAGAGAUGGAGGGGCUGGCUUGCUCUUGUCGGUGGAGUUCUUGUACAUUUGACCAUCGGAACCAUCUACACAUUCGGCAACAUGUCUCCAUAUAUUACAUCUUACAUCCGUGAAAGAAGCUACCCACACGAUCUGAGAUAUCAGCUUGUUAUAGUCAUCUAUGUCCUGGCUCUAGCAGGACAAGGCUCAACAAUGAUUCUGGGUGGAAAACUGGAAAAACGAUUUGGACCAAAAUAUGUCUCUCUCGGCGGUGGCUUGAUCAUGAGCUCAGGGGUACUACUUUCAUACUUUAGUAUACAGAAGUCGUUUGCGUGGUUAGCUGUUACCUACGGCAUACUUUUCGGUAUUGGUAUUGGCAUCACCUAUGUUUCUCCCCUCGUCUGUGCACUCAAGUGGUUUCCAGAGAAGACUGGGUUAGUGAGCGGAAUAAUUGUAGCUGGAUUUGGUGGGGGCGCUUUCAUUUUCAACUUUGUACAGACCUCUUAUAUAAACCCAAGUAAUUUGUCACCCAACUCAUCGGAACCAGGAUAUCCAGAUGAAAAGUACUUCUCGGAGCCGUCCGUGCUUGAUAAAGUUCCGUCUGUGUUCCUGUUACUUGGUUUCACUUAUGCAGUAAUGCAGUUAAUCGGUUCAAAUCUUAUCGGUAACCCACCUGUCAAAGAUGUAUAUGCUGCCAUUGACAGUCAGUAUAACGAUGAAACAAAACUUACCCUCGAAGAAACAGAUGAUGAAAACACGGAUGAUGACAUUGCGAAGUCUGAGAAGAAUACAUCCAGAUCUCCUAUUGACUUCCCUGACGAAGGAGAGUAUCCAAAAGUUGAUGUGCGAUCAUCCGGUCUCGAACUGCAGCCAAGGGAGAUCAUCAAGACAGGUGCUUUUUGGAAUCUGUGGUUUACGUUUCUGGUGAAUGGUCAAGCUAUUGUGUUUAUAUCAACACUAUGGAAGGCAUUUGGUCAGACGUUCAUCAGUGAUGAUCACUUCCUCACUUAUGUUGGUUCCUUCAGUGCAAUCUGUAAUGCCUUAGGCAGGAUAUUCUGGGGCCAACUGGCUGAUACCUUCUCUUACAAGACUGCAAUGGUGGUGAAUUGUUUAUCUAUGAUGACGUUUCUGAUGACCCUCAACCUAUGUUCCAAAGUUGAGGGCAACAAAGCAAUGUUCUUCAUCUGGGUCUGUUUUCUUUUCUUCAUAUUAUCUGGCAAUUUUGCUCUUUUACCAACCGCAACAUCCAGGGCAUUUGGUUCCCGAUAUGUUGGCACAAACUAUGGCCUUGUGUUCACCUCCCAAGUCAUCACAGGGCCUCUUGGUACCAUAUUGUCUAGUACACUUAGUGAUACGUUAGGCUGGUUUGGAAUGUUUACGUUAAUAUCUGGAUUUUCUUUUAUAGGGUUAGUGUUAGCAUUAGCAUUCAACGUGAAGACCCCUGAUGGAAGGUUCAUCUGAAUUGAUUUACAGUUAUCUUUUGAAAGUAAAACCUUUGUAUGUAAUUUGUGUUUAAUGUUAAUCAAGUGGUGCUAGAGCUUGGCAAUUAAAAAUUACCUAGCUAAACAAUUUUAAUUGUUGUAGAAAAUAUAAUUUUGUAAAACUAUAAAUACAGUAUGUACUUAGAACGCAAUUUCAAAACUUAGUAAUGUUUAAAUGUUGCUGCAAUGUAAUUUCAAUGCGUGUUAGACAUCUUUGUGUUUGCUGGGUAAGCCAUAGACACAUUGCUGUAUCACUAGUGAUUAACUUCCCUGAAUGCUUAACUGUAGCAGUGGUGAACAAGGUGAAAAUUUUAUAAUUAGGAUUCUAAAAAUUUUGCACAACAUUCAAGAGCUGCAAUCGGCGUAUUAAUAUCCUCCCGACCCCCCCCACUGAUUUGGAACAUUUAAAAUGCUUCAUUGAAGUUGAGUAGGGUUAAUUUUGCCUUUCAAUCCCAGGGUUUCGGUUUCAAAUCCUUCAUUUGUCUUGACUUUUUCUCACUACUAAAGUGGCUCAAGAAAUUUGCCGAAGGGUUUGAACAUGUCCAAACCAAGGGGCUGACUAGAGCCUCGAUCCAAGUCCUGGAAUAAAAAAUCCUUGGUAAGGGUUCACAGGGAAAUUUUAUGGCUUAGUAUGGUCCAAAUUGACGACAAUAAUAUAUUUUGGAAAUUAAUCCGAAAGGAGUGACCUUGAUUCGAAAAGUAUUUUUACUGUAAUUUAAUUGUAUAGUAUUUAUAUGUACUUAUGUACUGUAAGUAGGUGUUAUGUGCUUAGUAAUGAUUGAAAUGAGUAUGAAGUGAUUGAGAUGCUAAUGAAAUGCGCGAGCCAGCUUAGAGUAAUGGGCAGGUAGGGGUGUCUAGAAAACUAAGACCUAAGAUAUCUUAGUUUUCUAGAUCUAGAAAACUAA